UUGCGCCGUCCGCGGCCCCGCGUGCGUGUCUGGUCGAGCCCCUUUCCCAGGAGGCCUUGGCUCCCCCUGGUGGCAGCUGGACCGCGGCGGCGGUGGCAGCGGUAGCGGCAACUCGGGCUCAGGCGUUCAGCUCGGGCAGCCGGCGGCGGGGCCUUGCCAGAUAACGCGGGGUCCUCAGCUGCCUAGGUGUCUAGUGCCGUCGUCUUCGCGGGCGUCUGUUAGUGCUGCUCCUCUUGGUGCGUUGUUGUGGUGGUGUCGCCUGCCGGCUAAGGAGAGCAGAGGGCCCGGAAGAAGGAGGCGGCCAAGGCAGCGGCCAAGGCGGCGCGACCAGCGGAGCGGCGGCGGCCGAGGCAGCGGCCGAAGUGCGGGGGGGUGGGGGGGGAAGAUGGCGGACGUGCUGAGCGUCCUGCGCCAAUAUAACAUCCAGAAAAAGGAGAUCGUGGUGAAGGGGGACGAGGUGAUCUUCGGCGAGUUCUCCUGGCCCAAGAAUGUCAAGACCAACUAUGUGAUUUGGGGGACAGGGAAGGAAGGCCAACCCAGAGAGUACUACACUUUGGAUUCCAUUUUGUUCCUGCUUAAUAAUGUACAUCUUUCUCAUCCUGUAUAUGUCCGGCGUGCAGCUACUGAAAACAUUCCUGUGGUUAGAAGACCUGAUAGAAAAGAUUUGCUUGCAUAUCUAAAUGGCGAAACCUCAACAUCUGCAAGUAUUGACAGAAGUGCACCCCUUGAAAUAGGCCUUCAAAGAUCCACACAAGUAAAAAGAGCAGCAGAUGAAAUAUUAGCAGAGGCAAAGAAACCACGAAUUGAGGAUGAAGAGUGUGUACGUCUUGAUAAGGAGCGAUUGGCUGCUCGCUUGGAGGGUCACAAAGAAGGGAUUGUACAGACGGAGCAGAUUAGAUCCUUAUCUGAAGCUAUGUCUGUGGAAAAAAUUGCUGCAAUCAAAGCCAAAAUUAUGGCCAAGAAAAGGUCUACUAUCAAGACUGAUCUAGAUGAUGAUAUAACUGCACUUAAACAAAGAAGUUUUGUUGAUGCUGAAGUGGAUGUGACCAGAGAUAUUGUGAGUCGAGAGAGAGUAUGGAGGACAAGAACUACUAUUCUGCAAAGCACAGGAAAGAAUUUUGCCAAGAAUAUUUUUGCAAUUCUUCAGUCUGUAAAAGCCAGGGAGGAAGGGCGUGCCCCGGAGCAGAGGCCUGCACCUAAUACAGCUCCUGUGGAUCCCACAUUACGGAAUAAACCACCUAUUCCAGCUGCCUAUAACAGAUAUGAUCAGGAAAGAUUCAAAGGAAAAGAAGAAACGGAAGGCUUCAAAAUUGAUACAAUGGGCACCUACCAUGGAAUGACUCUGAAGUCUGUAACGGAGGGUGCAUCAGCUCGUAAGACUCAAACUCCAGCUGCACAGCCAGUGCCAAGACCAGUUUCUCAAGCAAGACCUCCUCCAAACCAGAAAAAAGGAUCUCGAACACCCAUUAUCAUUAUUCCAGCAGCUACCACAUCUUUAAUAACUAUGCUUAAUGCAAAAGAUCUUCUCCAAGACCUAAAAUUUGUUCCAUCAGAUGAGAAGAAAAAACAAGGCUGCCAGAGAGAAAAUGAAACACUCAUCCAGAGACGGAAAGAUCAGAUGCAGCCCGGGGGCACUGCUAUAAGUGUGACAGUCCCCUAUCGGGUAGUAGAUCAGCCCCUCAAACUUAUGCCUCAAGACUGGGAUCGUGUUGUGGCAGUUUUUGUACAGGGGCCUGCAUGGCAGUUCAAAGGUUGGCCAUGGCUAUUACCCGAUGGAUCACCAGUUGACAUAUUUGCUAAAAUUAAAGCCUUUCAUCUAAAGUAUGAUGAAGUACGCCUAGAUCCAAAUGUACAGAAAUGGGAUGUAACAGUAUUAGAAUUAAGCUACCACAAACGUCAUUUGGACAGACCAGUGUUUUUGCGUUUUUGGGAAACAUUGGACAGGUACAUGGUGAAGCAUAAAUCCCAUUUGAGAUUCUGAAUUACUUGGCUACCAUUUCCCCUCCUAAAAAUUUGGAUUACGAAGCAUGAAACUGCUCCAAUGUGGGGACUGAAGCUCUUGAUUUAUGAAUUUGUCAAGAACUUUACAAAUGAAGGUCACAAAUGAAUCUUUUUUCUAAGACCUUAUUUGAUGCUUCAUGCUUUGACAGGAUGAUAUCUGUCAUCAUUAUAAGCAAAAGUUUUUUGCUUACAAGUAUUUUUUUAAUAAUAAUAAUAAUAUUAGCCUUCUAGUCUGUAAUGGAAAUUGUAUAUUUUGAUAGAGGUUUUCUCCAUUGGUUUAAAUUAGCAUCACUUAAAAAGUUUUGUUCCUCCUUAGAAGAUAAAUACAGAUUACACGUGUGUAUAUAUAGAUGUAAUGAGGCUCUUAGCCACUUUGCUUCCAAUUUUCUGAUUUUUUUCAUUGCUCCAUUGUUUUACUUUUGGAAAAUACUAUGUUGUGAAUGAUAUUAAAUUUUAGUCUUAGAAUUUGAAAAACUAAGCAAAAUGAAUUGACUAUUUUGAGUGAAUCAAAAUGUCAACCUGUAUGUGUACUAUAUAUUCUGUCAAGUCUUUGUUUAAAGAGGGAUAAUGAAAAAUCAAGAACCACCCUUUGGCUGUGGCUGUACUGUUCAAUCUAAGAAAUCUUUAUUAUGGAAACAUUUAAUGAAUGUUUGUUCUUCCCACUGAUUUCAGUGAUUUAAAACUUAGAAUGUUUAUUGAAGCAUAUACUGGAAUACCUUUCCAAAUGGAAGUCCAAACCUAGAGAUUAAAUAGGUUGUAAUACAUUUUAUUUUGAGAGCCAGAGUGUAAUUUUCAGAAGUGGAAUAUUCAUUCAUUGUAUUAGUCAUAGAAACAUAAAAUGCUUAGCCUUCAUUAUUUUCAUUCUUUUUGGUGGCAAAGAGAUUUUAAGCCAUUCUUUCUUUAUAUCUUGGUCUUGGAUUUCCUAUCCCAUGCUAUCCACUAGUAUUGAUAAAAAUUUCCCGUGCACCAAAGAACAUUUAUUUCCUUUAAAAUUAUGAACACAACACAAGUAUAAAAGAACACCUGUAUAUCUAUGUGUUCCCUUUCUAUUAUAUAAAAUAGGUAUAAAUCCUCUUUUUUAACUUUCUGGAAAGGGUAUACCCAUUUCCUAUUUCUCCACUUUAAAUAAAGAUUUAGACUGUUGUAUCUGAGGUGUCCAACCAGGUAAUAUUUUUCACUCCUCGUUUCCUCUUUCAUUAAUUCAGAGUAUCAGGAUCCUCUCAGGAGUUUUCAUAAGUUGAGUAAUUAAUAAUCAUUCUGUUUUACAUUAUUUUCUCCAACCACCUCUUUUGGGUAGCAUGGCUCUUAUAAAAUGAAAUGCACUUUCAUCUGUGCUAUACUGGCAUUGCUUAGGACUCAUGUUGAAAUUUAAACAUAGUACAGAAUUGGGAAAUUUUUUUAAUCACAGAAAUUCUAUAGUAGUAGUGAAGAAAAAAAAGAAUGUUUGCUGUGUAGAAGUCUCAAACUCUAGAAAAAAAUUUCUGGUUGAAUUUUGUAUUACAGGGUUUUUCUAUUUUUGAAAAAUUGGGACAAUCCUCUCUCCUCUAACUCUCUCUCCCCAGGUAGAUAUUUGAGUUUUCCAUGGCACAAUUACUCAGCAGUGUUGAUUUGUUUUCUGAGUCUUAAGGCAUAAUUAUGUAUUUUGUAAAAAUCUUGUCAUGAUAAAAUGCUGUGGUCCUGGGUUACAAACUGUAAUGAUAAAGAACCAUUAGUUAUCCUUGUUAAGACUACUAUAUGUAGGUACCAACUACCUUUUCCAUAAAUACUUUAAAUAUGUAUACCUAUAGAUGUGUUAUCAAUUUCAAUUUUUGCAACUAUGAAAACACACACUUUCAUCAGGAUUUAUUUUCCCUUUAAUUUGCCUUAUAUCUAUAUGCGCACAGACUCAAAUACUGUAAGAAAUAUUAGAGAAAAUGGAAAUACUCUGUAGUUUGUGUGGACUUGUAUGGUUUUUGUUUUGAAGUUGAGUACCUGAUUUCCAUCUUAGAGCAAUGAACUUUGUGUGGGAAGCAGACAUAUCUGGCAAUCGCUAUUCAUUCACACAUGAAAAGUCAUUAUGAGUCUUACAGCAGCACAUAGCACAGUGCCUUGCACAUAGUAAGCUCUCAGUAAAUAUUUGUUGCAUGAAUGAAUGAUGCACUUUGAUUGCAGUCUCAUGUGUUACUUUGAUUAUACAACUAGUUGCUAUUGGCAUACAAAAACAUAAUUUUACAGGGAAUGAAGAUGCAUAAACAAAAUUUUAAAAAGCAGAAUUAUGAAUUUAAUGCAUAAACAUGACUAUAAGAUUAGUUACUAUGAUUAGAGAUACUUUUUCAGCCUCUGUAAAGAGAAAAUUGAAUUUCAAAAAUUGAAUUUCAUUUGUGCAGGACACACUCCUGAAUUUGGUGGUUUUAAGAAAUUUAUUUUCAAAUGUAAAUUGACAUUGAAAACUUACAAAUAUUAGUUUUGAUAUUAUGUUUCUUUUUUUUUCCUAUUGGUUGCCAUUUGCCCUGAUCACUUGGUGGUAGUGUGGGCAGUGGUCUUUUCAGCGUCCCAUUAAUGACAAAUUAAGAUGUCAAUACUUAUUUAAUGUAGAAGGAAGAAUUUUACUGUUUAAUAUUUAAACAAUGUUUAAUAUAUGUUUCAUUUUUAAUUAGUAUUAAAGCUUAUAGUUUGUUUCCCUUGUUUCAUAUCAAAUGUUAACUUUAAAAGACAAGGCAAUGUUUCAUUAAUCCUAGAGUAAUGGGUUGGGGGAAUGAUAGAGGAGGAAGAGGAAUUAUAUUUUUAAAAGGAAACAUUUCUUGAAUAUUUAAGGUGGAAAGAAGUACAACCAUUUCUUAUCUGCCAUGCAGAAUAAAACAGAAGCACUUCACUUUUGAAAAUUAACGGGUCAUUUUUUAAUGAAUCUGUACACUAAAAAUUAAAUCCUCCACUUAAGUAGGAUUGAUAAUCUAGUAGUCAAUUGCAGGAAAUAUUUUUCCUAAAUAAAAUUCUUUUGUGACUCACAA